UCCUGCGGGGCCACGUCACAUAAACGGAGAAAGAGUGCGUCGCUCCGUCUAACCAAAAUAGAAGCUACCGAAACAGGAUUUCCCCGCUGCGAUCGCAGUCACAUCAACUUUUACCCUACACACACCGGGAAAUACUGGACACGGUGUCUCCGGGGCUUCGUAUCAUAUGGAAAGAUGUCGGACAUCGGGGACUGGUUUAAAAGCAUCCCUUUCAUCACUCGCUAUUGGUUUACUGGUUCCAUUGUGGUCCCCUUAAUAGGGAAACUGGGAUUAAUCAGUCCAGUUUACCUUGUGCUAUGGCCGGAGGCAUUCUUCCAUAAAUUCCAGAUAUGGAGGCCAAUAUCGUCAACGCUGUAUUUCCCAGUUGGGCCAGGGACAGGGUUUCUCUAUCUGGUCAACCUGUAUUUCCUUUACCAGUACUCUACUAGGCUUGAAACAGGGGCAUUUGAUGGAAGACCAGCAGACUACAUUUUUAUGCUCCUGUUCAACUGGAUUUGCGUUGUUAUAACAGGCUUAAUGAUUGAUAUGCAGCUCCUGAUGAUCCCUUUGAUCAUGUCUGUCCUGUAUGUGUGGGCUCAGCUAAAUCGAGAGAUGAUUGUUUCCUUUUGGUUCGGUACUCGAUUCAAGGCGUGCUAUCUCCCGUGGGUCAUCCUGGGAUUCAACUACAUCAUUGGUGGCUCCAUUGUGAAUGAUCUGAUUGGAAAUUUAGUGGGCCAUCUUUACUUCUUUCUCAUGUUCAAAUACCCGAUGGAUCUGGGCGGCAGGUGUUUCCUCUCCACCCCACAGUUCCUGUACCGGUGGUUCCCCAGUCGGCGAGGUGGGGUGUCUGGGUUCGGAGUCCCACCCAGCAGAAGACCCAUGCCGCAGGAACAGGCAGGUGGAGGAGGAGGGGGGGGGGCAGGCGGAGGACGUCACAACUGGGGUCAGGGCUUUCGACUCGGGGAUGACUGAGGGUGUCCUCGCACGUGGCACCUAUGGACACUGACGCUUACAUAGAUGCAUACCGGGACAUCGGUGCUGCAGAAACACAAGUUUUAUACGUUUGAGGAUUUUGUUUGGGGUUUUGGGUUUUUGUUUUUUUUUAUCUCUCCUUCUGAAUCUAAAUGUAAAGAAAGUUAUCACAGAGCUCCCUCGCAGUUUCACAUCGGUGCGUUUAUUUACUCUUGAAGUAAUGCCGUAUGUCACACCGUAAUUGAGUUUCUCUGCAUACAGGAGCAGCCUUGCAGAAACGUGCUCGGGCAGAGCUUGUUUCGAGGAAUCGGUCAGUUUGGCAGAGUACUGAAAUGUAUUUGUUUUCGUUUUCCCAGCAUAUUCUGGCAGGGAACACUGGAUUCAUCUUACAUGCUUUUAUUGAAUAGUUCAGUUGGUUUCACAGUCUUGUAACAUGUUCGUAUUCAGUUACAGAAUCUGAGGAUGUACAAAUUCUAAAUAUUAAUUGCUAGUUUUAUUACUGAUUUUUGUUCAAGUAUUAAAUUAUUGUAACCUAAGGCAUAACGGCUGAACUUGCUGCAUCAAAGGCUAUAACAACCACAAUAGCCAAUGAGCAUCAGCGAAAGGUAAUUUGUGAACACAAAUAUUUUACUGCGUCACUAGAAUACAUGUAGAUGCCAAUAUAUUUUAUUCCCAAGUCCUAACACAAAUAUGGUGCCUUCCAGUAGACAGUAAACUGAACUAUGUCAGAUGUAGAGCUUGCAUCUAAACAUACCAGGCAUGGCUCAGUCUGUUUAUUUGAAAUAAGCAGCAUAUUAUACAGGGGUUGAGGCAAGAUAUGGUUAAACUGUUAACAUAAACUUUUUUUUUUUUAAAUUUACAGCUGUAUAAUUGGCAAAUGAUCCAUCGGAAUUUUUCUGGAUACCCCCACCCAACAAAAAUUCAUUAACAACCCCUUCAUGAGGGUAGUUGGAUAUGUUUAGGGUGCAGAAAUAUCUGUGGCCUUCCAUGACUAGAGCACUCCUGACUGAAGAUGCAUCACGUAGCUAAUUAAACUGAAUGCAACUUGUAUGAUGUAGGAACGAGGCGAUGUUCCUCCUCUCAUCUCAUCCUUUGGAGCAAAGUAACAACUAAAUGAUUGAAAAAAAGAAGUCCAUAGUGAAAAUGUUAUGAUUGUGUGAAGCAGCCAUGUCUAAGUUGUGUGGCAAUAACUUGCCAAAAUCUUUUUCAAGCAGGAGCCUAAAUAAAAUAUUACUGCUGGU